CUCUGUAGGUUGUAAGGUCAGUAAGCUAUUUUCUUAUUACCAUUUAUAGGAAUUUACCGUUUAGAUUUUAGGUAGAAUUUAAACAGUAAACUCAGCGGCCCAGAAGUAGUUCGAUGGGGACGCUAGCGCCGACGGCGCAUCUUCGGUAAGCGCCGAUCCGGGUGACACCCGGCGGCUUACAUAGUGAGCCAGAACCAGCCUCACUCAUCAUCCACGACAACCUGCUACACUCUUAACUACCACAAAGAGAAUAUCUAUAACUGGCUUUUGGCCUUCACAUAGACGAAUCUUUUGCACCCCAUCGCCUGGCCCUGUGCAUUCGAACAGUCACCAAUUACGAACAAAUGACAGCACAUCCCUCCCCACCCCACAGCCUCCAACGUUAACCCUGACGCUAAACACAACGAUACAAUGGCUGCACCCUCCGAGCCCCCAACCUCAGGGAGCUACCCCAUUUUCCUCAGCCCUGCCCUCCUCAACCAAGGCCUAAGCAACAAAGACCUCAUAACAGCCAUAAAAUACUCCCCACCCCUCUCCGCGCCCGCGACCUCCGCCCUCCUCAAACCCUCCACCUCCGACCAGCACAAAUACAACUUGACCAUGUCGACCGCAACAUCCACCUCCUUCUACCAUGGCCCACGUAGCUCCGGCGCCCCCAAGAAAGCCGCACGCUACGUGCUCGUCUGGGACGCCAGCCGUUCGGGCUGGGAACUGCGGCCCGUCGACUCGGUGUUCGAGAUGGCAUUUGUGCGUUCAUCGGGAGCAGAGGGAGAGGAGGGGGGAGCAGCGCAGGAUGAGAGUCCCGUGAAGGCUGCGCCGAAGGGCCGGAGGAAGAGCGUGGCGGCGCCGAAGGAGGAGGUCAAGAGGCAGAAGACUGCGGGGAGGAGGAGGAGGGAGAAGAGCUUGAGUGAGAGUGAGAGUGAUGAUGGGUUGACGAUUGAGUAUCCCGGGGGGAGAGCGCCGACGAGGCCGUUUGGGUUGGGGCUUGGGACGCCGUUGGGGGGAAGGGAAGAGAGAGUGGUUGAACGUGUGGAUAUAGAUAUGAAUGAGGAUGAAGAUGCGGAUGGGGAUAUGGAUGUGGAGGUGCUGGACUUGGGGAGUCCGACCCAAGGGGGGAUGGAGGAAGAGGAGAGUGAGGAGGAGAGGGAGGAGGAGGUUGACCUUGAGGCUGAGCUGGAAAGAGAGUUGGCGAAGGGGGGUGGGGAGAGUAGCGAGAGCGAGGAAGAAUAGUGGGGUUGUGGACAGGAGUAUAUGGAUGGCUUGAAAGACUGGCGUUUUAAAAACUACGAGAAAUACCAUGGCUAUAUACGGGAACGAGUAACCCGUCGCCGCGCGGGUCAUUGCCCACACCAGCCACGUACAAUUAUUUUCAUUUGUCUGGGCUAGCUGUCACAACAAGAUUGGCGCCCGAACUCAAUUGAAAGACAGGUUGAAAGCCUACCUUCUUCCCAACUACUGCUUCUUCGUUGAUUGGCUCCCGGCAGAUGCAGCCUCUCGGGUGUUUUCUUCUUCAUCUGAAUCCGAGUCGUCAUAUAGCUCGGGUGAAGGUCGAAAGUUAUCAUAGCUCAUUUCCAUGGUGACUACUCGAGCACACCAAUUUAGUAUUCGGUGCGUACGUUAAUGUUUAAGUUAGUAGUCUAGCCUAAAGACGGGCUCUGACUGUGUAUAGUUCAUCUUCUAGAAAGCAAGUCGGCUCCUUCCUCUAGAAAGAAAGUCGGUCAUUCCUUCCUUUAG